AGUUCCAGUGUUGAGUACAGGUCGAGCCAAGACGUCAUGAAGCUGCUCACGCUCUGUGCGAUGGCCUCGCUGGCCACUCAGGCAGUUAGUGCGGCCAUUAAGCACAAGCUUAAUGGCUUUACUAUUACGGAGCAUCCGGAUCCGGUGAAGCGGGAUUUGUUGCAGAAAUAUGUGACUUGGGAUGACAAAUCUCUCUCCAUUAAUGGAGAGAGGAUCAUGAUUUUUAGUGGUGAAUUCCACCCCUACAGACUUCCGGUCCCGUCUCUAUGGCUCGAUGUCCUCCAAAAGGUCAAAGCGCUCGGGUUCAACUGCAUCUCAUUCUACACGGACUGGGCUUUGCUGGAAGGAAAGCCAGGUGAUUACCGAGCUGAGGGAAUCUUCGCUCUGGAGCCCUUUUUCGAAGCAGCAAAGGAGGCCGGUAUUUACCUGCUUGCUCGGCCCGGUCCUUAUGUCAAUGCUGAAAGCUCUGGCGGUGGAUUUCCCGGAUGGCUGCAACGGGUCAAUGGCACCCUUCGCACGGCGGACAAAGGGUUUCUGGAUGCGACUGACAACUACAUCGCCACAAUUGGUGCUGCCAUUGCGAAAGCGCAAAUCACGAAUGGUGGACCGGUCAUCCUCUACCAACCAGAAAACGAAUAUACAAAUGGCUGCUGUGGCGAAGAGUUCCCUGAUCCCGAUUACUUUCAAUAUGUGAUUAAUCAAGCUCGAAAUGCUGGGAUUGUCGUGCCAAUGAUUAGCAACGAUGCAUCACCUGACGGACAUAAUGCGCCAAGCACGGGAAAAGGAGCGGCUGAUAUCUACGGUCAUGACAGUUACCCUCUUGGAUUUGAUUGCGCAAACCCGUCUGUAUGGCCAGAAGGAAACUUGCCCACCAGCUUCUGGGCUCUGCACGAAGAGCAAAGCCCAACGACCCCGUACUCUCUGGUUGAGUUCCAAGCUGGAGCUUACGAUCCUUGGGGAGGACCGGGAUUUGCUGCGUGUGCCGACCUAGUCAACCAUGAGUUCGAGAGAGUGUUCUAUAAGAACAACUUUAGCUUCCGGGUUGCCAUCUUUAACCUCUAUAUGAUAUUCGGUGGCACCAACUGGGGUAACCUUGGUCACCCCGGCGGAUACACAUCCUACGAUUAUGGCUCAGUGCUGAGUGAAACCCGCAACAUAACUCGCGAAAAAUACAGCGAGCUUAAGCUCUUCGGCAACUUUGUCAAGGUCUCUCCGUCAUAUUUACUGGCUGAUCCUGGUAAUCAGACAACGGGCUACACGAAUACUUCUAAUUUGACUGUCACACCUCUGAAAGCAGAAGGAUUGACCUCGUACUAUGUGGUCCGGCAUACAGACUAUAGCAGCCAGGCAUCAACUCCGUACAAGCUCAGACUCGCUACUAGCUCUGGCAAUGUGACGGUUCCACAGCUGGAAGGAGAGUUGUCGCUGAAUGGACGGGACUCGAAGGUCCACGUUGCUGAUUACAAUGUGUCUGGGACUAACAUUGUAUACUCAACUGCGGAGGUCUUCACCUGGAAGCAGUUUGCUGACAGCAAAGUCCUCAUCUUGUACGGUGGCCCUGGAGAGCAUCAUGAACUGGCUAUUGCGUCCAAGUCCGAGGCAUCUGUUAUUGAGGGCUCCGAAUCGGAUAUCAACUCGAAGCAUAUUGGUAGCAAUGUGGUCAUCUCCUGGGAUGUCUCGUCCACCCGCCGCAUUAUUCAAGUUGACGAUCUGAAGAUCUUCCUCCUCGACCGGAACACUGCCUACAACUACUGGGUCCCUGAGAUUCCAGCUGAAGGAACCACGCCGGGAUACAGUAAUGAGAAGAAUACUGCCUCGUCGAUCAUAGUCAAAGCCGGAUACCUCGUGCGAACAGCCUACCUUAAGGACAGUGGUCUCUACCUCACCGCAGACUUCAACACAACAACACCUAUUGAGGUUAUCGGUGCACCAGAAAGCGCCCAGGCCCUCUACAUCAACAACGAAAAAGUCUCGCACAAGGUAGAUAAGAACGGCAUCUGGACCUCAGAGGUCAAGUUUACGGCUCCAAAGAUUGACCUUCCCAGCCUGGAGGACCUCGAAUGGAAGUAUCUGGACACACUUCCAGAGAUCCAGUCUUCGUAUGAUGACUCUGCAUGGCCAAAGGCAGAUAAACCUAUCACGGACAAUGACCAUCGCCCACUGGACACACCAACAUCACUUUACUCUUCCGACUAUGGUUUCCACACGGGCUAUCUGGUCUACCGGGGUUCGUUUGUCGCACAGGGAAAUGAGUCUACCUUCUUCAUCCGCACGCAGGGAGGGCAAGCCUUCGGAAGCUCUGUGUGGCUUAACCAGACCCUUUUGGGCUCAUGGUCCGGAUUGAACCAAGACUCAGACAAUAACUCGACUUACAAACUGCCUAGCCUCCAGCAAGGCAAGAACUACGUGUUCAUCGUUGUCAUUGACAACAUGGGACUCGACGAGAACCUCGACGUUGGCGCUGACGUGAUGAAAAACCCCCGUGGAAUCCUGAACUACAGCCUGUCCGGAAGAAGCCAGGAUGCAAUUACAUGGAAGCUAACUGGCAACCUGGGUGGUGAGGAUUACCAGGACAAGACACGAGGGCCGUUGAACGAAGGUGGUCUAUACGCAGAGCGAUACGGCUUCCACCAACCGGAGCCCCCUAGUGCAGACUGGAAGUCCUCAAGCCCUCUAGAAGGCCUUUCAAAACCCGGCAUCGGAUUCUACAGCACCAACUUCGACCUUUCCAUCCCUAGCGAAUAUGACGUGCCCAUCUACUUCAACUUUGGCAACAGCACAGACUCCAACCCAGCGCCAUUUAGAGCACAACUCUACGUAAACGGCUACCAAUACGGUAAAUACGUUAGCAACAUUGGUCCACAAACUAGCUUUCCGGUGCCAGAGGGAAUUCUGAACCACCGUGGAACAAACUGGGUCGCGGUGAGUGUUUGGGCACUGGGAAAGGAGGGGGCGAGAUUGAGUAGUUUUGAGUUGUCGCAUGAGAGACCGGUGAAGACGGGUUUGAAGGAGGUGAAAGCGGCUGAACAACCGAAGUACGAGGCGAGGAAAAGGGUGUAUUGAUGAUGUUCGGUAUAGUAUGAGAUCUUUUGUAUAGUAGUAGUAGUUGAAGGCUUUUGAAAAAAUAAACAUUUGCAAACAUGGCAUACCUCUCAAUAGGAAAGAAACCACCUAGAUCAUAUCAUC